AAUUUAUUAAUAAAUAAAAAAAAACCAUUCAUAUACUUCACGGUGAGAAACACAUGCAGACAAUGGAAGGAAGACAAUAUUACCAAAACGCGGAAGGAAACAAUCAUAGCUCUUCCAUGGUGGUGCCUCACUCGCCGUGGCACUCUCCGGUUCCUUAUCUCUUCGGUGGUUUGGCCGCCAUGUUGGCUCUCAUCGCCUUCUCUCUUCUCAUCCUCGCUUGUUCCUACUGGCGACUCUCUGCCUCGCCUGAGAGAGAUCUCGAGGCCGGAGAUGAUGCCAAACCCGACGAUGACACUCUCAAGAACAAGCCGGAGAAGUUUCUCGUCAUCAUGGCCGGCGAUGUCAAACCCACUUACCUGGCGACGCCGGCGAAUCGGUCUGAACAAAGCUGUACUUGCAGAGAUCAUAUGGAAGAUGAGUGUAGUUAGUGAUAAGGUGGUGCGGAAUAGCACCGGAACUUGAAAACAGAGCAAUCAUUAUGGACUCUGAAUUUGUUAACCGGGUCCGACCGGGUCUGGUCAUAAUUAUCCGGACCUUGGAGGAGCAGACGGGGUAUUAAAAGUGGGUUUUAUUUAAUUAUUUUUGUCUGACUAUACGAUGUGUAUACAGUUCGUAUGGAAUUUGGAUAUUAUUUUGAGCAUUUUGAAUAGAUGAUUAGCUAGCAACAACUACCAAUAUUAUAGUUGAUGCUUAAGUAAUUAGUAGUACUUAUGAGAUGGGAAAUAUUGAAGGGAACUACUAACUAGCAACAACGGCACGUGCCGAAUAUUUUGAUGUUCUUGAUCC